AAAAGCAAAGAAAUAAAUAAUAAUAAAUCUAGAAGUAAACGAUGGUAUGGUAGGCCUAUUGGAAACUGGAAGUUAAAAAAAAGCCUGUUCAACUGAAUUUAAAUCAUCCUUUUGCUUGGAUAAUGUGGGAGCUGAUAUCAACAUCUCAGCUUGAUUUGAGGUUCAUCCUUGUAGGGGACCAUAACUAUGUUGUUGGACGGCAGAACUGUGACAUCAAUAUCCAAGAUGCAUCAGUUAGUCGCAGACAGGCUGUUCUCACCAUGGCUCAUUAUGAAUCCAAUGUGGCCAAAUCAUUUGUGACACCAACACUCACUUUAGAGGAUGUAUCAAAGUUUGGAACUUUUGUGAAUGGUAAGCCAGUAAAAACACCUGGAGGUUCCCAUAUCACAUUGAAGCACAAUGAUGAAAUCAAGUUUGGUGGCUCACCGGCAUCAAUAUUUAGGGCUGUGUAUGAACCUUUUAUUGCCACCACCUCCUGCCUGGAGAAAGCACCAAAGAAAUGUCUUCACAAAGUCAUGAGUUUACUUGGGGGCCAUAUUGUGAGAGAGUGGCGUCCAACAUGUGAUCUGCUCAUCAUGUCAAAUAUUAAUGUCACAAUAAAGGUGAUAUGUGCCAUCAACAACCAGAAGCAUAUUGUCACCCCCCAGUACCUGGAUGACCUGUACUCAUACCAUAGAGGAGAAAAAGAAAAGCCUGACCCAUUCAAAUAUUUGCCUGAGGUUGUUGAUCAGGAAGUCCCACAAGGUGUGUCUUUUCACCCUGAUAUUAGGAGAGCUACACUUUUAGAGGGGCUUAAGUUUUACUUUUUGUCAGCACUUCAGUUCAAUAAAACAAACCUGGCAGUGUCAACAGCUGGUGGGCAGCCUAUUUUACUAGAGGAUGGCACUGAAGAAGAUGCUGAUGCUAUGACCCUAGCUGGUACAGUGGUUGUGGCAGUCACUCGUGAUGUGUUAGUCACUCUUAGUCCAGCAUGCCAGAAGUUUGUGCGCCUGGUGUACAAUACACUGAAAAGAAAGCAGCUGCGGAUGGUCACAGAUCCUGAAAUAGGCUGGGCAAUACUGACCUGUAAUACUGCUGAUUUUUGUAACCCCAAGUCACCAAUCACCCCCAAUAUGUUGUCCAGUAUGGCAAGUCAAACUUUGAGUCAGAUGACUGAGCUGGACACAUCUGUUGCAGAAGUAAAGUCAGAAAAGAGGUCUUUUUCUACAAGCAACCAACAACUUCUAGAGGAAGCUGAAUCUCCUGCAAAAAGGUUAAGAAUGGAUGAUGUGCCUACAACAUGCAGCCCAUCCAUUAAAAAUGCUCCUAAAAGAUCCAAUCUUGUGGCUUCCCCUUUUUCACAAUAUGGGGAGAAUCAGAAGAAACCAAGCUCUACUGUGAAUAGUUAUAUCACUCUAGCUGUGAAACAUGAAGAGCCAGAGCCAUCCACUAACAACAAACUAGAUGAUAAUCCAUCGGACAAUCGGGAACCUUCCAUAGCCAGCAAGCAAACAGGGCAGGCUGCAGAUCCUGGCAGCAGCUGUACAGAGAACAUUGUACUGGUACACAGCAGAGAACCAUCACCACAGAGAGAGAUGAGUAACAUAUUUGGCCGUCGUCAACAACCAAAGAAAACCAGCAAAUGCAAAACGUCCAACUGGGAUGAUUCUGACGAUGAUGAAAUUCAGACCAAGAAAAAAACAUCCAAAAGAAAACCCAUUUUUCUGGACGAUGAGGAUGAUGAACCUCAGCCAUGUAAAAAGUCAACUGUUGGUAUGGAUGAUUCUGAUGGUGCAGAAAUUCAGAGUAAAAAAACUCCAUCAAAACACAUUUUUAUAAUAGAUGAUGAGGAUGAUCAACCUCAUGCUGGUAAACAGUCAACAGAUGACAAGGAUUUUGAUCUGCCCAGCAAACACAGCUGUGCAAUACAAAAGAAUGUAAUGGAAAAAGCUGAUGAGAAAGUGGAGUGUUUUGCUGAAGCACUGGAUCAGCCAUUCACAGAUGCUGAUAUGAGCAGUGCACAAGGUAUCAGCUGCCAUGGCAACAUACAAGCAGACGCAAAAUCUUCUACAAUCAGUGAGUCUGGCUGGUUGAACGUCUGCACCAGAAAAUCUGAGUCCGCCAAUAACAAUGAUAGAGAUUUAAAACCUGACACAGAGCUGUUGAGAGACAAGGAUGGGAAGCUCAUUCAGAAUUUGUGUGAAGUCAAAGUUGUGGAGUUGCUGGCUCAUACAGUCAAGUAUAAAAAUAAACCAGCACCUACUAGUAAAACAAAAGGCGAUGAAAGAAACUUCAAAAAAUUUCAAAAGAAUAAAAAUGUGGGGGCUGGAAAAUUACCAACUAUUAUUGGUGGCAGAGACUUGGAGGUCUAUCUUGGCAAUAAACAAAAAGAUUUUGAGGACAUUUUUUCCAACUGUUUAGCUAUUGAAAAGGAGAGGCAAGCAGAAGAGAAAAGAACCAGAGAGCUUUUUGACUGGGAUGAAAAAAGAAAAACAGUCAACAAAAGAAUUCGGUAGAUAUUUCAAGAAAAUCAUCAACUUCAAGAGUAGCUCCUUUAAAUCACAUAAUAUUCUGUAAAUGACUUCUUUAGAUAAAAUUAUGAUCUUUUUUUAUGACUACUCAGAAAUAAAUAUUUCAUUUUUAAAAAAAUGUGU